ACUUGCGAGUGCUGCGCACGCGCCCAGCUGGUUCUCUAUGCAGAUUGAAAGCGUGGUGCUGCCGCGGAAGUUCUGGUGCCAGUUCCAGGCCCUGGAGGCUGGGUAUCCCAGGAUGCGCGAGAGGAAGGGGGCGCGGCUCUGGGAAGGUCCGCUGGCCAGUGUGGUCUACAGGCCAACUCGUGAGCAGCCGCGAACAGGGUUUUUCUGGCCUAAGUGCUGAGGACACUCCUGAAGCUCUGGCUGCUGCAUUUUUGCUGCCUAGCCCCCUGCGUUCCCCACGUUGGGGCCCGUGCCUGGUGCUUGCUGAUCGAGCCUUUCCUAUUUAUUUGUCGUUUGACAAGCCGCCGCCCCCUCCAGACAGAAGAUGUCGACCAAUUGUUCUAAUUUGCCUUAUUUUUCUUCAGGUUUGCUCAUCUCUUGCUACAGGCCCCAGACAAUAUGAUGGAACAUUCUAUGAAUUUCGUACCUAUUAUCUUAAGCCCUCAAAGAUGAAUCAGUUCCUGGAAAAUACUAAGAAAAACAUUCAUCUUCGGACAGCUCACUCUGAACUGGUUGGAUACUGGAGUGUAGAAUUUGGAGGAACAAUGAAUAAAGUGUUUCAUAUUUGGAAGUAUGAUAAUUUUGCUCAUCGAACUGAAGUUCGGAAAGCAUUGGCCAAAGAUAAGGAAUGGCAAGAACAAUACCUCAUUCCAAAUUUGGCUCUUAUUGAUAAACAAGAGAGUGAGAUUACGUAUCUGGUGCCAUGGUGCAAAUUAGAAAAGCCUCCAAAAGAAGGAGUCUAUGAACUAGCUACAUUUCAGAUGAAACCUGGUGGGCCAGCUCUGUGGGGUGACCCAUUUAAAAGGGCAGUUCAUACGCAUGUCAAUCGAGGCUACACAAAACUAGUUGGAGUGUUCCAUGCAGAAUAUGGAGUACUCAACAGAGGUACAGUUGUCCAUUUCUUCCAUGAAAUUGCAAAAUAUAUUGGUGAUCCACAUUAAGUUCCUUUGGUCAAUUUGUCUCUGUUCUCAUUGUGGACUAUAUUUUAUUUUUUAUUGCCCAGUUUUUAGCUUUUUGUAAGUUUAAGGGUUGAGCAAACCUGUUUUACAUUUAUUUGGAAUGUUAUUCACCUUAUAAAGUUUUUUUUUUUUUCAAAUACAGAACUGCUCUUCUCCCUGAUACAUCAAAAUGAUAAAAUUUUAAAAAUUGGAAGGAACCUGAAAAAGUUACCUAUUUCUGUUAUUUUCCUCUGAAUGUACUUUUAAUGAUUUUUCCUUUUUUCCCGGUUUUAUUGAGAUAUAAUUGAUAUAACACGUUAUAAGUUUAAUGAUCUGUUAUCUGUAUAUAUUGUGAAAUGGUCACCACAGUAUGUUUAGUUAACAUCCAUCACCUCACAGUUACAAAUUGUUUUUCCUUCUGAUGACAACUUUUAAGAUAUACUCUAUUAUCAGCUUUCAAAUAUACAAUACAGAAGUGUUACCUAUAGUCAUCAUGUUGUGUAUUACAUCCCCAAAACUUAUUUAAUAUCUUAUAACUGGAAGUCUGUGCUUUUUGUGAUUUUUUUUUAAAUAACAUUACUUGGGGUAGAGAUUAUUUCUGGGUGAAAAAGUACUAUGUAGUUAUUAUAAAUAUUAAAAACAUAGACAAGCCCAAAGAAAAAAAAUUACCCAUUUCCACUACUUAGAUAUAUUUAUAGUAUAUGUAAGAUAUAAGUAAAUGAUUUAUUAAUGCAUUUAAUAAAAUGUCUAUUUGGGAUAUUUAAUGUUUAAAGUCAAAAGAUAUUCCAGUCAGAAUUUCAGAGAGUUUUCUUGUGGCAAACUGAUGAAUUCAUACAACUAAUAAAACAAAAUAUAGAUAAAUUUAUUUAAUGACA